AUGUUCCCGAUUCUUCCAUGCUUCCAUGCCCCAUGCCCCAUGCCCCAUGCUCCAUGCUCCAUGCUGCGUGCUACUCCAUCCAUGCUUCCAUGGUCCCGUUUGAUGCACCAUCUGUACCAUUUUGUGGCGCCAGGUGGGGCCAGGCUGCGAAGGGAGUGCUCUUCCUCCGGCAAAUCCAUCGCUGUCGACCCCUACGUUUCUCCCAAUCCGCUACCUGUGAAUGCGUCUAGUAGCUCAUCAUCACCACCCACCCAACCAACCACUCCACUGCCAGAGUCGCUCCCACACGGAAUGGAAAUCGAUUCACGACCUUCCCAUCCACCAGUCAUAGGAGGAUCACCGCAUUAUGGACGUCUCGAACGACAUCGUGUUGAGCCAGGUCAGCAACAGCCACUGCAACAGGUCGAGGUCAACAGGCAGGCACCUUCCCUUCCACCUGCAUCUGCACUCCGGUCCCCUUCUGCUCCAUUAAAUUCCUUUUCAACAAAAUCGCCCAGUAAUCCACCGAUCCCAUCGCCUGCCGUCAAGCCUAUGCAAGAUGCUCAAUAUGCCCAUCCUCCUCCGCCUCCGCCUACAGCGCCACCUAAAGAGGGAAGUGCUGUUGGUGUAGCCAAUCGCACACGCGAACUCCCUCCAGUCACAACCCAAACGCACUCUCAUCCUGAUCACUAUCGCGUCAACGGCCAUCACUUCCCGCGGUCGCCCAAGGACGUUUCGCUCGAUGCAAUUGAACGUUUACAGACCCAGGUUUCUCAGAACAGCAGCGCUUUAAUGGUCCAGGCGCGAGAUAUGCGCCGCUUCGAAGAAACUGCCGCUCAGGUGGAGAAGAGUCUCCGUCAUGACUUCCAAACCCAAUUACAUCUUCAGGCUGUUGAUAUAAGGCGAGUCGAUGAUGCAGUGGCGCGAUUGCAGCAUGAGAUGAGAGGAAUGCGGGAUCUCUGCGAGGCACUCACCCGCGAAGUGCAAGCGUCUCGAGACAUGUAUCCAGGACCAACCGGCCCUUCUUCUUCUACCACUGCUCCAUCCGCUCAAGAUACGGCGUUGGAGAUGAUGGCCCAGCAGAUAUCGUCGUUGUCGCGCAAGACGAGCGAGGUCGAUACCUUGAAACUCACCAUCGAGAUCAUGAAAAACAAAAUUCAACGACUAGAAGAGUCGGCGGUGUCUACCCCCCCUGUACCGACGCACGCCUUUCCCUCGCCGCGUGAAAAUCCUGCUCACCCUCCACACGCUGCGCUGAACAGGGCCCCUUUCCGGGCUGCGCCGUCGGCAGUACCCGCUUCUGCGCCUCAAGUUGAAACCUCAAUGCCUCCAAGCCACAGACCAGCUUCGUUCAAUUCUCACGGGAGUCACUCUAAUACUACACCAGAGCUUCCUCACAGAACUGAGCUUCCCCAGGCUCCAAGUGGGUGGGUAUCGGUCAACUCGAGUGCUAAGCGCGCACAACCUGAUAGUGUGGACGUUCCUCACGACCCCAGUGGCCAACAGCUUGGCUCACCAAAGCGCCCAAAACUUGCUCCAAUCGAACCUCGGCUUGGCUAUGGCAACUCUCAAACGCCUUCUCAGUCCCAACAUGUGUAUGACCAGGUGGAACCCGAGGAUAUGGACGCCAGGAGACACACCCAUCACGCAAUGCCCUCUCAGGCACAUGUGCGAGAGACUAAUCUAGACGCAGGCCAUGUCGCUUCACAUGUGCCGCACGGAACUUUCGUAUCAUUCAACGCUCCAGAUACACGUCCAAAUGACAAUUGGCGAUCAGAGAUACACCCCAUGGCUGAGCAGCACACCCCUCGAAGUCGUGGCCGUGGCGGGGGGCCAGGUAGUCGUGGCGGGCGAGGAAGAAAAAGUAUGCCAGCCCAAAUGCAUAUCGGUACCCCCGUGUGGGAUAGGGAUGACUGGCAAGGUGUGACUGAUCCUCAGACUAGUCCAGAAGGCUAUUACUAUCCUAUCUCGCGUACGGGUAGGGGCAUCAUUCGUCGCGGUAGUGGUGGUGGUGGAACAUCUCGCGGAGGGCGCCCUUCCAGCUCCAGCAGUCGUUCGGUCAGCCUAGGUCUACAGGGAGUCACUAGUGGCAUUGGUAUGGUCGUGGAUCCUUACUCUCAUACAAAGAAAACACGAACCAAGCCUACGAGAAACUCUGAUGGAGUUCUUAUCAGAAAGGACGGUCGCCCAGAUAUGCGCUCACAGUCCUCGGCAGCAAAUCUUAGGAAAGUGCACGCAAGGAAAGACGAUCAGGGUUUCGAGCACGGGUUCACUCCUACGAAUCUGCAUCACUCCGUCAAUACUGAAGAGUCCGAUACUAGAAGCCCAACCGAAUACACGCCACCUCAUCAGGAUGACGAAGGCAAUGUUCAAGAAAAACAUCAUGCUAUUAUGGGCAAGAUGUUCCCUGGUGGAAUUGAGGAAUCGCGGAAGGAACACGAUCUGGCUCGGAGAGUCUUCGAAGAGGGUGAGCAGCACACAGCUGAAUCGCGCACUCAUCACCAUCAUCAUCAUCAUGGCCAGCAGCAGCAGCAGCAGCAGCAGCAGCGUGACCGUCAAUCCUACAGCCCUGACCGUGCACGGCAAAUGAGCAUCAAGCGGGAACAUCAUGACUCAGUCCAGAAUGACCGUUCCCAAAGCUCGAACGACGAAGACAUAGACAUGGACAGACCUAGAGAACUUGAAGAGGAUCAAACACCAAGCCGACAAAGCGACAACUCCAACCAGUACCAGUAUCAUGAUCUGAGGAGUCGGCAGGGCAGGAGUCAGGGGCCUCAGGAUUCAGGUAUUACCGCAACAGAAUCCAACACCGGACAUCACGUCCAGUCUUCUCAAGUUCUUGAGGGACAUGAUCUAGCAUAA